CCUCUCUUCUCGCGGACCGCAGCGCAGUCCCGGUCUGCACGAGCAUCACCUGCGCCCUGUCUCUGCGUGGCAUUGCGCUCUGCGUCAGGCCCUCUCGGACUGGCACACAGUCCGCCGUCGCUGUCGCACUCGGCAGCGAGACAGGAGCAGCACGAUGGCCUCCUCCUCCUCCGCCGCGCCGAGCGGCUCCGCAGCGCCCGCUGCCUCGGCCACAGACGCCGCCGGCUUCUCGGCUGCCGACUUCUUUGACACGCAGACGCCGCCGCCCACGCUUGCCGAGCAUGCGGCCGCCGUGCGCGAGUUCGUCGAGAGGCACCGCGGCAAGAGACGCGUGGUGCUUGUCACUAGCGGAGGCACGACGGUUCCGCUGGAGCAGAACACUGUCCGCUUCCUCGACAACUUCUCCGCCGGCACGCGAGGCGCGACGUCCGCCGAGUACUUUCUCUCGUCGGGCUACGCCGUGAUCUUCAUGCACCGGCAACACUCGCUCUCGCCGUACACGCGGCACUACAGCCACACGACGAACCCAUUCCUCGACCUGCUCGCCGAGCCGCCGCCGGUGUCGUCCUCGCUGGCGUUCGCGCUGCGAUCCAGACUCGACUCAUCUAACGAUGAGAGCGGCACUGCCACGCCUGGCGCCUCGAUGGAUGCAAUCCGGGUGCGGGCCAAGUACACUGAGCAGCUCCUGCCCGUGCUGCGUGCCUACCACAAGGCCCAGCGCGCUCAGACGCUGCUGCGCAUUCCGUUCGUCACCGUCUCGGACUACCUCUUCCUGCUGCGAGACGUCAGCAGGGAGAUGCAGCUGCUGGGCAGAGAUGGGCUGUACUACCUCGCGGCGGCAGUCAGCGACUUCUUUGUGCCGAGGACCAAGACGCCGCAGCACAAGAUUCAGUCUGGCAAGGGCUCGCUCAUGAUCGAAAUGGACCAGGUGCCGAAAGUGCUCAAACCGAUGGUGGAGCAGUGGGCGCCGGAGGGCUUCGUCGUCAGCUUCAAGCUCGAGACGGAUCCGGAUCUGCUCAUUCCCAAGGCGCAGGCGGCGCUCGAGCGCUACGGCCACCAAGUCGUCAUCGGCAACGACCUGGCGCUGCGCAAGCAGGAGGUCGUCUUUGUCGAGCCGGCACGCGCCGGCAGCGCAGGAGAGCGCGCAUACACGCACCAGUGGCUGCGCCUCUCCGAGCUCUACCCGAACGGCACGCACACGGGCGGCAAGGGCAAGGGCGGCGAGGUCGAGAUCGAGGAGGACAUCGUCCGGGAGCUCAGCACACGGCAUCAGCGCUGGAUCGAGCAGGGCCAAAGGCAAUGAAGCCGCGUGCAAGCCUAGGAUGUCAGAAGAGUGUGAGAUUGAGCGUGGCGACAGCAGGAGACGUAUGAGAUACAG